UUAUUAACGGAGGAUGCGCCCUGAGCGGCGAGAGAGCUCGAGCCCAGGCACCGGGCGCGCGGACGGGGUGGGGAGAGCCGGACCCGGCUCCCGGCAGCGCGGGCGAGGCUCGUGUUUUCCAUACACCCUGGAGUCCCCUCAGGCCAGCCCGGCGGGCGCGCACCUGCCAGCCGACCCUGACCUCGCAGGCCAAGCGGCCCCUGAGUCUGAGAAGAUGGCCCAGUCCAAGACCGACUGCCGCUCACCUGUCGGUCUCGACUGCUGUAACUGCUGCCUGGACCUGGCCCACAGGAGCGGGCUCCAGAGCGACAGCAGCGGAGAGAACAACAACCCGGGCAGCCCUACCGUGAACAACUUUCGGCAGCUGCAGGAGAAGCUGAUCUUCGAGAACCUCAACACCGACAAGCUCAACAGCAUAAUGCGGCAGGAUUCGCUAGAGCCCGUGCUGCGGGACCCCUGCUACCUGAUCAACGAGGGCAUCUGCAACCGCAACAUCGACCAGACCAUGCUGUCCAUCCUGCUCUUCUUCCACAGACCUUCUUUGAGGGAGGCAACUGACUGGAAGGAAGGCUCUAUGGGAAUGAAGCAUGGGAAAGCCAAGUUUGGAGAAGAGAGGUAGGGAGACAAGGCUGGAAUCCACAGAAGGUUUGCUGCAGCCCAGGGCUCUGGAUAGCAUGAGAGCUGAAGAGGUGAAGGUGGAAGGUUUGUGCUCAUAAAGACAAAUAGUAAGAACAGAGCACAAAUUUCACCUACGCCUCCAGUUUGCCAGGAAUGGACCCAUGUGAGUGAGCCCACCCCUCAGAAAAUAACUCUUCCAGGGUGACCUUAUUUUCCCUCCCUGCCUGAAGAGAAGGUUAAUACUCCUGCUUAUAUUUGCACAUCCAGAUAAACUAACAAGCUCUCGAUUCCAGGUAGAGUGUUGGCUCCUUUCCAUAACAGGUCCUGAAGGCCAGGGAGUCUGGAUAAAUGGAGAUGGAUGUGUCUGGCCAGUACUUGCCCCCGACCUUGUGGGGCCGGGUGAGAGGAGUGAGGCCAGCCUUGUCUGCACCUGGCGGUGGCCGUUGCACUGUGUUUGCUCAUCACGAUGCUGCUCCUACCUGAACUUUCUCCUCUUAUUUAAGGCAUCCCUCAAGAUAACUACAAAGCCAAAAUUUGUCAUGGGUGGUUGAGUUUACAUAAUAAAUUGGUCGGUGUCAUGCAAAAUAGACUCUUGAGCUCCAGAGAAGCCAACAUGCCAAGUGGGACUAAAGUUUGGGCACAUUUGGUGGGGCACUCUGUGUGCUCAGUGCACUCAAGGAAAGGCAUUCCAUGACCACAGGGGUCAAAAAGACAAAAUUUCCCUUUUAGAUGAAGCCACAGUAACAGCCCGGGACAUGCUGUGCCAUCCCAGUGCCUGCAAUAAUGGGACAAGGAUUAGGCCUUUGCUGUAAGACCACAGCUUUUGGCAGAGCAGGCCCUCCAUAGAACCCUGUGGGCUAAUGGAAGCCCCAUGAAGUCCAGAAGGCUAGAUCUUAACUUCAAAAAAAGGUUUGAUGAGGAGUCUUGGCAGGGGCUUAUGGAGGCCCCUAUCGACCGUGCCGAAAUUCAUCUGGGCUAAGGAAUCAGAGUGGGCAUAAGACAGGGGUCUGUGAGAGUAGAAAGCAGACUUUUCCAAAUGCUAAUCCAGGCAGCAGGGAAUCUUAUCAGUGGGCAAGUCGAAUUCACUUGUACCUUCUAGCUGGAGAUCCCUGCCUUAAAGUAACUAUUGCCCUUUCGGGAACAGGUGUGAGAUCCUAGCCAGCCAGUACAGGAGACCGAAUGGGAAGCUUCCCAUGGUGCAGACACUAGCCCAAGGAGAAACAAGAGCUGGAAGCAGGCUUGAUCAGUGAUGCCCCAGGCUACGCUAUCAGCCUUCCUCUCCUGGGAGCCGCUUUCCUCAGAUAGGCCCAGCUUAAAAUCAGGGCCCUGCCUGUGGACAAAGCCCCACAGGGACCUUCCUCAUCCUUUCUCGAAGGAAGAAUUUAGUCACAAAAUAGGCUUGGGUAUUCAACCCACUUCCUCUUGUCUUCUCUUCAGGGGAGAUGUAGAGCAGCUGCUCACAGCUUAGGGGUCUGGCCAGGAUUUCUGUCAGAGCUGUCUAGGCCAUUGAUUGGCCAUGCCUGCUAUCCCUGAGGAAGAAGGGGGUGAGAAGUGAUAAGAAGAGAAGUGGUUCCAAUGGCUCCUUGCUGGCUUCCUCCACAUAUACACACCACCCCUCGACCACCCUCCCUCACCUCGCAUAGCCUCACUCCCAGACUAAGUUGGGCCUAGGCCAGCCUGAGGGCCCUGACUCAUAUCUCCCAUAGUGCCUUAUGUAACAGAACCAGGUUACUGAGGCAUCAAGCUUCUGCUUGCUCAGUGGCAGGCUUCCCUGAGGCCAGGCAUUCAGAAGCCUGCUGGGGGUCUACAGAGCUCAAUCAUAUUUCCAGGGGAAAAGCCUACUCUCCCUGUAGUGUCAGGCAAGCAGUCUUCUCAGAGGCAACCAGGUUGCAAAGGUGAUCCAGCCUGAGUCCCCGCACUCAGCAGCAAAUGUAAGCAGGCAGGUGAGCUGCUGUGGGCUUAGUGUGGUUUGGGGCAUUCGGCGGUGGGGGCAGGAGGGGGGCAAGGAGAGCAACUUCUUCUAUUACCUGAUCCUAUGCUGCUUAAGAGACAGCCUGGUGCAUCUGGAGGGGCCCCAGAACAGGUCUUAGAAGUCCCUCUUCCUUUUGUAUCUGCUUGUUGGUUCAGGGGCUGCUCUGGGACCCCAUGCAGAAAAGGGUUUACUAUAAGCUGGAGGAGCUGUUUAAAAGAAGGCCAAUUCCCAGUAUAGUCUUCAUGAAACCUUAGAGUCCCCAGGCUGGCCUGAAUUCACAAUGAUUCUUAGCUUUCUUCCUGGUCUAUUCAGAAAAUUACAUUACCAGCUUGCUGCAACUGAGCCCCCAGCGAAAUCAGGCUUACCAGAUUCGCUGACAUAUUUCUUUAAUAAGCUCAUUUGACUAUCUACAACACAGAAUAGCCCAAUCAAUCUAAAAUUCCAUUGGCUCGAAGUUUGUGACUAAACCAAUAGUUCCUCUUCUGCUCUUCCCCAGUGUUUGCCUGAGCCCACCCCACUGUGCUGCCAGCCGGUAAGUGGCUCACAGGCUGAGAGUAGUUGGGGACACUGCUCUCUGGUUAGAGAAAAAGAGGAAGAAAUGGAGAAACAAUGUAAAAAGAAAAGUGGUGUGGGAAUUACCAGUAGACAUGUUAUAUCCAAAGCUCAGAUUCAUGAAUCCUCAGACAAACUCAAGACCAUCAUCUCAGGGCUCAGGAGAGCUCCCUGAAGUUUCCCAGAUCACGGCCAGAAUCUAGUCAAUGUUGGGGAGUGUGAGGUUGAGGUGCAGAAUUUCUUUUUCUUGAGAGCCCUCCCAGGCUUUGAGCCCUUUGCUUGUCCCUAUCCCCCUGCCCUUCCAGUUUAGAGUCCAUUGCAGUAAAAACAAAGCCAAACAAAACAAAACAUAACAAAGACGAAAACAACAACAAGGAAAGAAUAAGAAAAGCCCUGCUCUGUUUUAAGGCAACAUACUUGGCCGGCCCAGGUACACAGAGAAAUGAAUGAUGGCAGCACCUCAUUCGGCCUUGGACUGAGUGACCAAGCAUCUCAGUCAAUCAGUUCAUCAUUUACUGACCAAGGGCCCACUUUUACCGAGCACCCACUGUGGAUUUAUUGAGUGCUUACCCUGCCUAGCACUGAAGAAGAGCUGGAAGGAGGAAGAGGCUAGGAUGGGGCCUGGGGAGCUAAGAGUAGAGGAGUAGAGUAGCUGUCCGGAAGGCCUUCAGGGGAACAAAGCAGUUCCACUAGAGCAACUCAGGCCCAGCAGGGACUCCUGCUCCUUGACGGAAAGGCCUUAAACUUGCUGCGCCCUGGUUCUGCAGGUCUGGAACUUGGGUGGUGCUGAAGCAAACUAGGAAGGGAGAGUCUCUGUAUCGUGGUGGCUUCCAGCAGGGCCUUAAGAAUGGUUUGGCUUUGGCAUGAUGGGAAGCAGCUACAGUGCUCCCUGGUUGGGACAGGGGAGGGGAGCCUUGCCAGUCCAGUGGGGAUCGUGGGUAGGAAGGGGCUGGCCUGGAGUGGGGACAGCAGCCAAGAACACUUUCCAUUCUUCCUACACUGAAACCCAGAGUCUCCAAGCUUCAGGAACCAGAGGAAGGCCAACUCUGGCCCUCCUCUCCUUGCUCCUCUUGACUCUAGGUGAGCUGGUCCCUAGCACUCUCUCCUCAGGGACCUGGGCUAGCCCUGGUAGGUUAGGACCUCUAGGGCCUGAAGAAAGCUCACUGGGACCAGGUGGGUUGAGCUUGGGAGUACAGUCGAAGGUGAGCACCAGAGGACCCAGGGGGGUGUGCGGCUUCAUAUCUCAGCACCCCUGGCCUUGAUCUCCACCAAUCCCCUUCUGAGGUGGGUAACAGAACCAGGGACAUGUCAAGGUGCUGCCAUGAGAAUAUAUACACAGUUUGCCCAAGUGUCUUUGGAAAAAAGUUGCUAGCCUUAAAAAGUUGCUAGUUUUAGCCUUAUAUGCACCUUGGUCAAAUCCUUCUUUCCCGGAUGCCCUACCAAAGAAGGUCCUGGGGUAAAGCUGAGAAAGGAGGGAAGCCUCAAGCUGAUAGGAAAGGGAUAGCAAAGGGAACCAGCUUCAAGUCACCUGGGGAAGGAGAGUGCUACUUAUGGUCAGCACUCUGCCCUUGCUUUCUGGGACCCUCUCCCCCAACUAGUAUGCUGGGCACUCGUGCUCACACCCUUUCCCACCAGUGCCCUGGAGAACUCACAUUUAAAUUUAUGAGCAUGUUUGGUCAGCAACAAGUAUUUUCUGUACACCUUCCAUGUGCCAGGCUCACUGUUAGGCACUGGGAAUAGAAUGGGAAACUCACAACAAGAGACAUGGUCACAGCCAUCAUAGAAUAAUCAGCAGAGUAGGAGAGAUAGACAACAACCAAACAGUCACAUUAAUGGAUGUGUAUUUACAAACUAAGUAAGUGCCAAGAGGGAAAAGGAACGAGCUUUUGACAGAGAAUAUAACAACGGAGCAGACAAGGCUUCCUGAGGAAGUGAUAUUGAGUUAAAGAAAUGAAUCUCUAAUACUGAAAUCAUCAGACCCAGUCUAAUUCUAAUGAGCAGAUCCGGGCCAAAUGAGACAUUUUUAUUUAUUUUUUUUUAAUUUUUAAAAUUUUUUUAAUGUUUAUUUUUGAGACAGAGAGAGACGGAUCAUGAACAGGGGAGGGGCAGAAAGAGAGGGAGACACAGAAUCUGAAGCAGGCUCCAGGCUCUGAGCUGUCAGCACAGAGCCCAACGGAGGGCUCAAACUCACAGACUGUGAGAUCAUUACCUGAGCCGAAGUCAGAUGCUUAACUGACUGAGCCACCCAGGUGCCCCCAAAUGAGACAUUUUAAAACAGAGGACUUAGUAAAGACCCACUGAAGUCAUACCACUAGGUAGCUGCUCACACCCUUGGAAAUAUCUCUAGGCCAUGAGUAGCUGGCAGGUCCAAAAGAGGAGGACUAAUAUUCUGACAAGAGGAAGAGAUGAGUUUGAAGCACACGGGGCAACUAGUACUUAAUGUCAUCCUUUGCUAAAAAUAGUCCAUGACAGUAUGGAAAUGUGUAAAGGCUGGCCCUGGGGACCUGUGAUAAAGUGAGUAUAGCCUGUGGGGAGGAAAAUUUGGUUUUGUAAAUUAUUUACUAUAAAGAAAAGAGAAAGGGGAGGGUUAUCUGGGUUUUCUUUUCUCUUUGUGGGCUUCCUUCUGAGUUAUGAAUGCUCCUCAUUGUACAGAGGCAGUGGGGCACAGAGCUUCAGGCUGUACUCCUUUCUGGAGCCUGAGGUGUAAAUUUUCUGGGCUGCAAAUGUCAGAUAUUUGUCCAGGCUGAAAAACAACUUGAAAACAGAGGAGAAGGGGGGCUGCACCUUGGAGAGGGGCAAAGACAUUGAUCAAGGGGCUCCAAGGAGCUUUCACUGGAGAGAGGUGGUCCCACCAUAAUGGCAAGGCAGGUAACAGUCAAGAGCUUGGCACGAUCCAAGGGAAUCUAAUUGUGAAGGGUCCAGAUAAGGCCACUGAGACUUAUUUAGCCAAUGGGAGGUAAACUUGGUACUUCAAGGAGCGGUGGGGCAGAGCUAUAGGAACUAAGAUGAUGAUUGAUCUAAGAGGAGUUUGAGGGUGGAGGGGAGGGUGGUGAAGAGAGAGAAGAGUGGUUGAUCUUCAAAUAUAAGAAAAGUCACAACUCAGAGAUGGUGACUAGCUGCUUCCAAGCCACACUAGGAACAGAACAAGAGGAAACAGGCCUCUACUGUAGCAUGAAGAAUUGAGAUUAGAUAAUAGGAAGAACUUCCUGACUACAAGCAUUCAGAGAAGCUAAAUGAAAGUACCAUGGGAUGUUAUAAUACUUUGUAAAUGUGGGGAAGGUGGUGACGGUAGAAAUAAAGAACUGGGUAAAGGUGUAAGAGGAGCUGGUUUAUAAGGACCAUGGACAGAAGGGGACAGACAGGCAAAGGAGUCAGAAGCAGGUACUCAGAAGGAAAAGCAAAGUGCAUGUGUGGCAUAUGAAAAAAAGUGUUUGCAUGAAAAUACUUGCAUAAUAAAAAUGUCUAUGAAAUUUCCA